ACCCUCCAUCCAAAUCAAUUUAUAACCCCUCCAUCCAAACCAAUUUAUAACCACCCCAACCCCUCCAUCCAAACCAAUUUAUAACCCCUCCAUCCAAAUCAAUUUUAAGGGACUUGUAAAUAAAAAGGAAAACAAUUCAUAUUUGAGGGUUAAUAUAACAUAAAUAUAUAUAUAUAUAUAUAUUUUAAAUGAGAUUGAGAUUUCCAAAAGUGAAUGGAGGGUGUUAUUGGCAGGGUCAAAUCAAAGCAUUGUCAGACUGGAAAUUAUGGAUUUUUUUAUGACAAACUAUUAAUUAACAAGAACAAUUGACAUUGUUGUGCAUGCAAAACAGUCUACUCCUAAUGGCUUGUCAGUAGGCUAGCAUAUUUGUGUUUUAUUAAUGCGUGUGCGUGCGUUUUUACGGGACCUGUUUGUCAACUGGUAGGAUAUUCCUUCGUAUUAUCACCAUAAUAAUGGGAAGUGGCAAAAACGGUAAGCCUAUCAUUCUCUAGACUUUAAAAAGUACUGGGCAAAUCUAUUUUGUCUGUCUGCUAGGUGCUAUCCCAACGGCGCACAUCCCCUUCAUGAGAAGUGUUUAUAAUUUAAGGCUGGCGCGCGGGCUUUCCCCAUGGGACGCCAGCGAAAGGUCGCGCGCUGCUCUGUAGCCUACUGAUGCGCUUUCCCCUCCCAACCAGCGUCGCCUCUGCGUGCGGUGACCACACCUGCAACCGGGAAAGUCCGCUAGACCUGCGCACGGUUCAGUGAGCGCGAGAGGCACACACAAUCACCAUCGGAGGCUCCACAUCGGAGAAAGGUAGUCAGUCUAGUCAGAAUUAUGUUGAUUAUUGAGACUAUACUGUUUCAAACCGUCCUUUCACGCACCAAACGCGCGGCAUAUGGUUUGGAUUUGGAAAUACCUCCCGGCGCAGGAACGGAGAUUUGUGGAGUCGUUCCGUUUCGAGGAUGAAUAGCGACUGGGAAUGUGCCAGCACCACGCACAGAGAGUGCAGGAGAGAGGGUGAGUGUGAGAGAGAGAGGCAGAAGGAGCGAGAGUGUGGAACCCAGCCCCGUGAGGAUCAGGUUCUAUCUGGAACCCAGCCCCGUGAGGAUCAGGUUCUAUCUGGAACCCAGCCCCGUGAGGAUCAGGUUCUAUCUGGAACCCAGCCCCGUGAGGAUCAGGUUCUAUCUGGAACCCAGCCCCGUGAGGAUCAGGUUCUAUCUGGAACCCAGCCCUGUGAGGAUCAGGUUCUAUCUGGAAUCCAGGCUCCUGUUUCUCACAGAGCAGGGAUGUUUGAAUAUGUUGAAGGCCGCCUCCGAACCCAUACAAUAAAAAAAAUAAUGGCGAACAACAAAAGGUAAACAUGUUUAUUGUCGUCAGCAGAAUGGAGCGAGGCAAGGGGGACGCGAGUGCAUGUUAAUUGGUGAUUUGAUUAGGGUUUUAAUAUUGGAGCUGUGCUCAAUGAAGGCAGGCAGGCUCAGGCUGGCCACUACAGAGAGGAGAGUGUACAUCCGAGUGGGCAUCUAUAGGAGAAACUAUCAGCAAAACCACAUCAAGGACAGGAAACAGUCUGCAUUCAAGGGAGGAAAAUACUGUAUGCAAAUGAAAAGUCAUGUGCAAAAAAAUGUCAGACUCGCUUUAGAUUAUGUUGGUGUUCUGUUUUUUUUCCAAUUCUGUUCUUAUCUAUAUUCUAUUCUUCUUUCCAUCCAGUUUGUGACUGAUGCAGGCAAGCUACUGUAGAGCCAGGUGGCUGAGGUCUCGGCAGGGAGUCAGUGCAAGCUGAGAGGGGUAGUAACAUCACCGUCAACAUCACUAGGUCCUGCUGAAGAGAGAUUGAAAACAACAUCAGGUAUCUAUCAGGCUGCAUUUGGUCCCUGAGCUCUGAGGGUUCAGUGACAGGACAUCCUCUCAGAGUGCAGUGGACUACCUGAUGGACCCUGUGAUCCACCAAGAGGACCUGUAAUCAAGUGAGAAGGAACUGUGAUCCGGUGAGGUGUCCAGUGAUCCAUCUGCUGUGAUUCACUGAGGACUCUAUUGAGAUCCACUCAAGAUUUCCAGAGAGAGUUCCAGUGAUCCAGCUUGUGUCCUGGUAGAGUUCUCUGGUGAGCGUGUCUGUCAGGCUGGGAGGAUCAGGAUGCCAGAGCUGGAGGACUUCCCUCCGUCGCGGGGUGGCCAGCCGGCCGGUCCCGACCCUGCUCAGAUCCAGCGCAGUGUUCUGGAUGAACAGGUGGAGCUGUGGUGGUUCCGGGACCCGGCCAAGUCUCUGCUGUGCUACUGUGUGGCGGUCCUCCUCAUCCUGGGCUGCGGCCUGGGUGGCGUGCUUCUCCUCUCCACCACCACCAGUUUCUCCAGUGACUGGCGCAUGGGAGCGGGCAUGGCCCUGUGUCUCUUAGCCCUGGCCGUCCUCCUCAAACAGCUCCUGAGCUCGGCCGUGCAGGACAUGAACUGUGUGCGGAGUCGCAGGCGGAUCGAUAUCCUUAAGAGCGGAGGGCUGUCGGAUCUGUUAGUAGUGCUCAUCACGGGGCUGUGUCUGGUGGUCUGUGGGGCUGUGCUGCUGAAGCUGGCUUUGGAGCACCACAUGCCCCAGCCGGGCGUGGCCCUGAACGAUAUGUACAUCUCUGGGGUGGUGUUGUUAGCUGGAGGGGGGGCAGCGGUAGUGGGGGUAGGGGUGUACACAGGGGUGGUGAUGCUGCUGGAGAGGACCAGGCCGGGCCAGAGGUUUAGGGACAGGGCUGUGGGGCUGUUCACUAUCUCUGGACGACACAUGGACCAGGGUAGGAGGGAGACCACCUCUAGCCUGGCUAACCUCAUCUGACCACCAGAGACAUAGGAUGGGACAGGUAGCCCAGACAGGAGAUGACUGCGACACUCAUAUGGACUAGAUCUGAUCUGUGGGAGAUGCGCACUGGGGGAGGGUUGGAGCUUAUUGGCCAGCUCUGGUUUGAGGUAUGUGGCCUUGUAGUUUCUGGGCCACGUUUGUUCUGAAUGUGUGGGCCACAUCCACCUUGCUGUCAGGGAGGGACCAAUGGACAUCACAUUUGAAAAUGGCAUUUUAGCAUAAUGGCCAUCUUGGAAAGCCACUAUGUGUUCAUUGAGUUGUUCAUUGAGCACCCCUGUGGUUCUUAAAACAAUGGAAUUUUGCAGGAUCAUGAAAUACCAUGAGGAAUACAGAGCUGUGUCAACACAUGAUAUUUUUAUGGUUCAAGCAUGGGCCAUUUUAUGAGCCCAGCAGAGCACCUUUCUAUGAUGUGGAAUGAAGAGAAUCCCAGUGACACUGCACAGACACCGGACACUGAACACGGUGCAGAGAUAAUGAUUCAGAAUGUGUCCAAUGUAAUAAUAAUAAUAUCAUCCACUACAAAGCAGCAGGUGAAAAAGCUGCUGUAAGGAAUAAUCAUAUCAUAGAAUAAUGUACCCAGCAUCUCCAAACUUAAUCAAAGUGAUCAAUGACACAUUUAGUCACCUUUUCAUGUCACAGGUUUACAGCAGUGUUGGGUGGUCAAAGACCUCCAUAAGCAAGCUGUGUCAUCACUCACUUUGCUUUGCAACGCUUACCAAGAAUCUGAGGAGAACGUCCUGCAUUGUUGCCAUGGUUAAAGGGUACAAUGUGGUUUCAUUAAACAAAGCGUCUAUGUGCUUGGAUGCUGUUCUUGGAUUUAAGUUGCUGUGUGUUUUGUGUGUGUCUGGCCCUCGCACCUCCUUAUCAGGCAGUGCAUGUGAGCGGCCUGUUGCUCAGAGACAAUAGGGGUCACUGAGGCGGCCAUUGUUGUUGUACUGAUGGUUGGGCACUCGGACAAUGGACAGACUGUGGAUCGUAAAAGGGCUGGCAUCGCCCAGUACGGCUCACCCUUACCACACUCUCUCUCACACACACAGCAUCGGCAGUGACUGUGCAAUGAGCCAGUACAGCGUGCAAUCCCUAAUUGACAAGGGACUGUUCUUGGUCUCUGCUGUGCACUGCUAUGGACAUGCCUUCUAGGUGGUGCCAGGUAUGUUUGUGUACGUAUGAUAGAGAGACAACAGCCACAAACAGUGAUGAGAGAGAAGCCAGACGGUGAGAGAGAAAGAGCUACAGAGAUGUUCAACGUGAGCUCCUGAUUUAUUUCAUUUUUUUUUGUUUUUAGAAUGAGACACUCAAAUCUAAAAAAUAAUUCAAGACAAGAAGUGAUGAACAACUCAAUAUUUAAUCAGAAUAGAAAAAAGUCACUUUGCGCCUCAAAUUAAGAAGUCUUGACUCGCUAGCUAGCUACACCACAAAAACCUAGCCAGCAGGCUAACAUGCUAGCCAGAAAGAUUUAGCUAGAACAAACCUAGCAAGGGGAGUUAAUACAACUACAUCAAAUGAUCAAACUGAGUGAGUAAACAAAAAGGAGCGCGGACUCUAACUUUAAACAUAUUCUGUAUUUUUGCUGUGAAGAUUUUUCACUUUUUUUUCCAGUUUCUGAGCUAAAUUAGAGCUAGCUAGCAACAGCAGCAGACAAACAAAACCGGUUGCCAAGGCAAUGGUGCAGAAAAACAGAGCAGCAGUAGUAGCAGAGCCCACAAGCACCAUGUCCCCACUCCCCCUCAGCGCUGAGUCCAUUCUCUACUCUCCAGAGGCCAAAAUUGACACAAGGAUGAAAGCUUUAAAAAAAAAAAAAAUUAAACUACUAAAGGGGAGGCCAGAAAUCUUUUUCGCAGACCUCUACAAAAACAAUAAUGUGAGUAAUCUCAUAUUUCUCCCUGACCAACCAAAUGCAUGGCGGUCAGCAGUCUGCUCUCACUACCCAUCCAUAAAGAAAGAAGGAAUCUGUAAUGGGUGAAAGCUGAAAGUCAAAUAGACAGAUGACCCUGACAGCGCCAUGAUAACAAUUAACCUCUACAAGACUGGGGCAAAGUAACCUUAGGCUGUUUGAAACAGACUUUCAGACCAUUAAGGAGAGAGCAGAGAGAGAAACUCCACCACCAUCACCCCCACUCUCCCCACCCAAAAAGGCACAUCCAGCAACUCUCUUCCCAUCAAAGUGGAGGACACGCCCAAGGAGGAGAGCGACCCCCUCAGUGCAGAGCAGGCUCAGGCCCUCCUCACCACCAUGGCUGCCAUGAGGGGUGAGUUCACCAAACUAGAGGGGGAGGUUGUCCUGCUCAGGGUGAGCGUGAGCAAACAGUAGCCAGACAUCCACACCUUAGAAGAGCUCCUAACCAAGGUGAGGACAGAGCAGGACAGCUGAAAGAGGUUCAGCAAGAGAGAGACGGACUCGAGAGAACUGGCUGAUCUAACAAAGGAGGUGAGAGAGCUCCAAAAAGACAGGCAGAGCAGUACAAUCUGACCACACUAAGAGAGGAGCUGCAGGAGAGAAAGAGGACAGGCUGCAGGAGAGAAAGAGGACAGGCUGCAGGAGAGAAAGAGGACAGGCUGCAGGAG